AUGACUAUACAGGAUCACAAUUCAAUCCAUCCCAAUGUUAUUCAAGAUAUUUCUACUGAUGCUCCUGGAAUCGUUGCUGGCGAGUUGGCUGCAGAAGAUGAAGGAUUAUUAAGUAAUAAUGCUUUGAAAACUCAUACAUACGGAUCAGUAGCAACACAAGAAACCCAUUAUGAGAUUGAUGAUCCUAAUGGAGGAUAUGCCUUACCUAAAGCUCAAUUAUAUACUGUUGUUUCCAGUUUAUUUAUGGCAUCUUUUUUGGCAGCUUUGGACGGAACUGUAGUUACUACGUUAUUGACUUUAAUUGCUUCAGAAUUACAUGCAGUGUCAAACAUUUCGUGGAUUGCUACUGCUUAUUUAUUGUCAUCGGCAGCUUUUCAACCUAUAUUUGGUAAAUUAUCUGAUAUAUUUGGAAGGAAGACAUUAUUGCUUGGAUGUAGUACAUUGUUUGCUGUUGGGUGUGCCAUCUGUGGAAUCGCUGACUCAGUUUUAGUUUUAGUUAUUGGUAGAUUUGUCACUGGAUGUGGAGGAUCAGGGUUAACUUCGUUGGGGACUAUUACCAUGUCUGAUAUAAUUCCAUUGAGAGAUAGAGGAUAUUUCCAAGGAUUGGCUAAUAUUUUCUUUGGAUUGGGUGCUGCAUCAGGCGGAGCCAUAGGUGGAUUAUUAGCUGAUUGGCUUGGUUGGAAGUAUGUUUUCAUUUUACAAGUUCCUUUAGCUUUAUCAGUUUUCUUUGCAAUUUAUUUUUUCUUGAAUUUACCAGAAGGUUCACCUGGAUUAGGUAUGGAAGGUAAUGUUUCGGAAAAGUUGAAGCGUGUUGACUUUUUAGGAUCAUUCUUUUUGGUUAGUUCUCUUAUGGUAUUUUUAAGUGCAGCCUCCUUGGGUGGUAGAGAAAUUGCUUAUUCAUCAUUUACAUUUAUUGGAUUAUCAAUUUCUGCUCUUGCAUUAUUGGCAGCUUUUGUUGCUGUUGAACUUUAUGUCUCACAAGAGCCAAUAUUACCAAUAGAAUUGUUUGCCAAUAGAACUGUUUUAGCUUCCUCGUUAACCAAUUGGUUCUAUACCAUGGCCAUUUUCACAACGUUAUUCUAUGUUCCAAUUUAUUACAGUUCUGUUAUAGGAUUAACACCUACACAAAAUGGGAUGAGAUUGGUACCUAACUUUUUUGGUGUAUCAUUUGGUUCUGUUGGAGCCGGAAUUUAUAUGAAAAAAACUGGUCGUUAUUACAAGUUGGCAGUUGUAGCAGGUGUGCUUGCUAUAUUUGGUGUGGCAAAAAUAGUGUUACUCACUCCUAAUAUCCCAACAUGGCAACAGUUUUUAUUGUUAAUUCCUUCAGGAUUGGGUUACUCAUGUAUAUUAACUGUUACUUUGCUUGCCUUGAUUGCAGCUGCACCUUUAAAAUACCAAGCUUGUACCACAUCAAUUCAAUACACUUUCAGAUCAACUGGUUCUACAUUAGGGGUGUCUGCUGCAACGGCAGUUUUCCAAAAUGUUUUACUCCACCAAUUGACUAACAAAAUCAAUAAAUUAGUUACUGAUCCUAAAGAAGCGGCAAAGAUUAUUGCCAAAGCUUUGGACAGUACGGAGUACGUAAAUGAGGCUCCUAAAUAUGUUAGAGAAGUUAUAAGAGCUUCAUAUGAUGCUGGGUGCAAGGGAGCUUUUGGAUUUGCAUUUGCCACCAUUGUUCUUGGUGUCAUUUCAUCUUUGUUCAUGAGAGAGCACGUUUUACACACGAGCAUUAAUAGAGACUAA